CGGCGAGGAGAGCGUCCUGGCCAUGGAGACCUUUCCCCAUGUGGCCCUGGCCAAGACCUACACCAUUGACCGACAAGUACCUGACAGUGCUGGCACAGGCACAGCCUACCUCUGUGGGGUGAAGUCUAAUGCCAAGACGCUGGGGCUGAGCGGGGCAGCUGUCUAUGGCAAAUGCCACACCACGUUUGGCAACGAGGUGGACUCCAUCCUGCACCGGGCCAGGCUGGCGGGCAAGUCCGUGGGCAUCGUGACAACCACACGGGUGCAGCAUGCGUCCCCUGGGGCAGCCUAUGCCCACUCGGCCAGCCGGACCUGGUAUGCCGAUGCCAACAUGCCCAAGGAGGCGCUGCGAGAUGGCUGCAAGGACAUUGCCUACCAGCUGGUGCACAACACAGACAUCAAUGUGAUCCUGGGCGGUGGGCGGAUGUACAUGACCCCCAAGCGGACCCCGGACCCUGAGUACCCAAAAGACUCAGCUCAGAAUGGCACCAGGAAGGAUGGUCUUGACUUGAUUGCUGAGUGGCUGAGUGGCAAGCAGGGUGCCCGCUAUGUCUGGGACAAGAAGGGCCUGGAUGCAGUUGAGGAUGACUCUGUGAGCCACCUGAUGGGCCUGUUUGAGCCCAAGGACAUGAAGUACGAGCUGAACCGCAAUGCCUCCACGGACCCUUCCAUCGUGGAGAUGACGGAAAAGGCCAUUCGCAUCCUGCGCAGGAACCCCAACGGCUUCUUCCUCUUUGUGGAAGGUGGCAGGAUCGACCAUGGCCAUCAUGGCGGCCAGGCCAAGCAGGCGCUGAUGGAGACAGUCAUGCUGGACCGCGCAGUGGCACGGGCAGGGGAGCUCACCUCCCCCUCUGACACCUUGACUGUGGUGACAGCUGACCACUCCCACGUCUUCACCUUUGGGGGCAACACACUGCGUGGCACCUCCAUCUUUGGGCUGGCCCCCAAGAAAGCCAAGGACAAGCAAGCAUACACCAGCAUCCUCUAUGGCAAUGGGCCUGGCUACAGCAUCCGCAAUGGGGGCCGCCCGGCUCCCAGCCUCCCUGCCACGGAGGACAAGGACUACAGGCAGCAGGCAGCUGUGCCCCUGGAGACAGAGACCCACAGUGGAGAAGAUGUGGUGGUGCUGGCCCAGGGCCCCAUGGCUCACCUCUUCCACGGGGUGCAGGAGCAGCACUACAUCGCCCAUGCCAUGGCAUAUGCUGCCUGCAUCGAGCCCUACGCUGCUGAGCCCGGGUGUGGAGCAGCCCGCAGGGCCUCUCAUGGCACCCAGUGCUCCUCACAGCCCCUUCUCACCCUCCUGGCCCUCUGCAUGGUUGUCCAGAUGGUGGGGGGCUGACAGCCAAGCCUCAGGUCAAGGCAAGAUGCUUGGGCUACCCUGAGAUACCCCACUGAGGGGCUUGGCAGACAGGUUUGCACU